AUGCCUUGUUAUGCUGAUACUAUCAUUAAAGUGAAUCAGAUUCAUCAAACUUGCAACAAGAAUUCAAAAUUGUUUGCCAUACAGGCAGUUGGUGUUUAUCCUAUUGAGAGUAAGGAUUGCGAAUUGAAUAUGACUUUAUUUAUUCCAAUGAAUGAUGAAGAGAAAGAUCCUAAUUCACAAUCGAUUUUUGAAACAAAUGAGUAUUAUUGUGUUGGUGGAAAAAUCAUGCUUGAAUCUUACAAUGGAAAUUUAAGAUUAAAAGUUUGUGUAUUUAGUUAUUUCGGUUCAAAUAGGUGCCUAUUAAAAGUUUCACUUGUUGGUGUUGCUCAGGAUGCAUCUAAAGAGAUUAAUUAUGAAAAUGCAAUACUUAAUGUAUUAGUAAAUGAUUAUGCUAGACAAAUUUACAGGCAAAUGGAGAUUAUUAAAAAGGAUUUAUAUGUAUAUGCUGUCGAUAUUUCUUAUGUUGAUACUGGUUCUACAACAAAAAAGAAAGUUAAUAUUUUUGAGAAUACUUCAGCACUAUAUAAAUCCAUUUGUUUAAAACUUUUAAACAUAUAUCAGAAUAUUAACGAAGAUUCAUCAAAAGCAGCCAGGAUGAAAAAUUCAGAUUUAGAUAAUGAAAAGAGUAAGCUUGUAACUGAUUUAACUACUAAGGAUUUUUAUAUAGAUAAAUGUACAAAAGUAGAAGAUGAGAAAGAUGAUUCACUGAUUCAGUGUAAUUAUAAAAAUUCAAAUAAAGGCAAGAAAAAGAUUAUUCAGCCUGUAGUUCACAAUACUAAGCAAUGGUCUGAAUUGUCCAAGAUCAUUAACAGUAGUAAGAGAGUAUAA